GCAAUGGAGCAAAACAACCUGCCCCUUCAUCCUAGAGCACAGGUCCACUUUGUACUCAUUUGGGCUUCCGUUCAAGUGGCUUUCUGGCUAGGAGCAGAUAACACUUUCAAAAAGCUCACAAGCUGAGGCGCACGGGAAGACAGCAUGCUCCAGCAUGCUCCUACAUGACCAAUCCGUGUGCACAAAGCGUCCCUUUGUGCCCUGUUCGUGGCCUCAUACUUACUGAGUUUGAUUAUUAUUCUCAUAGUCAUCCGUCUGAAGCAGCUGAGCUCUUGAGGAUAAAUAAUAAUGCCUUUGUCUAAAGAGAUACAACGAUGUGUGGUUUUCCACAGAGUUCGGUUGUUUCUUCAGCAUUUUUUCGUGCAGUUCUGAUGCUGGCGUCUUGUGCAGGUGAAAGAUCAUGAUGCGGAAAGAGCUGGUCUUGCUGUGGACAGUGGCUCUAUGCGCUGCGAUCCAGGUGGAUGACGGCAACAAGUCACUGAAAAACAUUCCGGCCACCUACAACGUGAACAUAACCAGUUUAAUCCUGCACAACAACAGCAUUGUGAUGAACAGCUCAGACACAGAGGCUUUGAAUAAAUACACCAAACUGACAAAGCUGGACCUCUCAUACAACCUCAUCAUGGAUCUGCCUAAUGGAGCUUUUUCUGCUCUCAGCAAUUUAGACACAAUCUAUUUAAUGGGAAAUAAACUGCAAACCAUGAGGAAUGAAACUUUUGCAAAUUUGAAAAACCUCAAGACACUAGAUCUGACUGAUAAUCCAUGGAACUGCACGCAGAAGCUACUGACGCUCAUGAAGUGGAUGAAUGAAAAAGGAUUGCAGAUGGGAGAAAAUGCCACCUGUGCGAAUCCAAGCAGCCUUGCUGGGAAAAGAAUCCUAAAUGUGCUACAAACAAUGACAGAAAAGCUACCUCCAGUAACAAGCGGCACAGCCACUACACAGUCAAAGCCUGCUUCUAUUUCUACUACAGUCACAGCUUCCACAAAAAACUAUUUUACCAGGAGAAGUCCACCACAUGCGGAGGUGACCACAGGGAGCAAAAACACUGUUUCAAGCAAAGGCACUGAAACUAAACAAGAUGACAAGUUGGGGACCACCAGCUGGAUGUUUCUUACUGGAGUGAUCAUGAUCAUUAUCUGCACAUCCACGAUCUUAGUUUGCGCGGUCAAAUCGCCCACCUGGUACAAGAUGCUUUUCAACUACCGUCACCAGAGGCUGCGCGAAGCCGAAGAGCCCAGUAUCUUUAACACAGGACGAUAUUCCAACUUCAGCCUGGACACAGAGCAAACGGAGACCAGUGCUCACGAGCUAGACCAGGGACUCACAGGGCCAACUGAGGAUGAGGACGGCUUUAUAGAGGAUGGCUACAUUCAGCCUGAGGACUACAAGGAGCAUGCUGAUUUUGAUGAAGUGUAAACUGAGUGACUUUGCUAAAGACUGUUUAAGACAGGCAUGCUAAGCCACAGAUAGAUGUUUGCAAGUGCAAAGUCCAAGUGUAUAAGGAGCAACAACUGUAGAAACCAAAUGUGGUGAAGAAGUAGACAUUAAUCUUUUUUUCACAAACCCUGGCAUCAUUGAGCGACUUUUAUUCUACCGAACAUAACUACGCUUACUAAUUUUUUUUACAGAACAAACUUUAAAGGUUUUGAAAAUCAGUUCUUUUAAUCACUUACUUGUUUUCCCAUUUUGACUACAUCUCUGAGUUUUAGAUUUUCAUAAUGCAUUUGCUCUUUUUUAAAAAACUAAAAUUAUUUAUUUUAAAAUGUGUUCGCUUCAGUGUU